AAUCUCUAAUACUGCGUAGCCGUCGCGUGUUCGUAGAUAAAUUGCAAUUUCGCUGGCGUUUUUUAAUUUAUUUAAAAACGCAAAUUUACCAAUUCCAAAAGUCACUGAACAAACAGUGCACAUUGAUUGUAAUCAACUAGCGAACUUAUCUACAGCUGAAUGCAAUCGCAAACGUUGCCGACGCUUGAGACGAAAUAUCAGGGCGUAGCCUUAUCAAGCAAACAAGUUGCCAAUUUAAAAAGUGAGUAAGUUGCACAUUUGGUUGGACUGUUAUGAAAACCGUCAGAGAUUAGACGGACAAGCUUUGCUUAGUUGCUCACAGGCAGCACAACUGCUACAGCUACAACAACAUCAUUAACAACAACAACAACAACGACACCGCCUUGCACCACACCGCUGUGAACGAACGCCGAUGCUGCGCCAGAGAAACAGCUGGAGACAUAGUCAGAGACAGAGCCAGAGCCAAAGGCAAUUGCAAUUGCAAUUGCAGAUGCAGAUGCAUUUGCAGUACGUCUAACUACGCGCCGCUCGACACAACAGAGCUCCGCAACAACAGCGCCAGCAGCAGCAACGGCAGGAACAGGAACAGCGGCGGCGUCGGUCGAUCUACACAUAAACAUCAAUAUUUAGAUCUAUAUAUAUAUAAAUAUUAAAUAUAUAUAGACUCAGAUAUACACAUUCAUACACACAUACAUUUAAAAACACACACCGACAGUGACAUAGUGAGAGGGUGAUAGAGGUCUUUAGAGAGAGCAAGUGUGUGAGAGAAAAAAAAAUAGAGUGUGUGUGUGUGUGUGUGAGUGUGUGAUAGAAAGAGAUACAGAGAAAUCAGAAGGAGCGUAAACGCUGCCCAGCACACAAAACGCCCAUUUGAAUGGAUCCGUGUGUUGGCUGGUUUCAGGAGGAACAGGAGGGACCAGCGCUGCGCACAUGGUUAAAGAUUUGGGAAACGAGUUCCCAGGAAAUGGGUCCACUUCUAGAGCAACAGCUUCAGCAGAGCAACAACAAUAACAACAGUAGCAACAACGGAAAUAGCACCAGCAACAAUACCGGCAACAACAAUAACAACAACAAUACCAAUAACAGCAGCAGCAGUACUAGUAGCAAUAACAGCAGCAGCAGCAGCAACAGCAGCAGCACCAACGCAACAUCUAGGAUUGUUAACAACGAUUCUACGAUCAGUCUGCGCGAUCCUGACUCAUUACAAAUUCUUCUUCAGCAGUUGAACGAGCAGCCAGCACGACACGGGAACAACAACAACAGCAGCAGCAGCAUUAACGGAGGCAAAAGCUCUAGCAACACGUCCAUCGAUUCAACAUCGAACAACGACAAUAACUCACCAGCGAGUAAUAGCAGCAGCAGCAGUAGCAGCAUCAGCGCCAGCGCGAACAGUAGCAACGUGACAGCAGCAGCAGCAGCAGCAGCACCUGCAGCAACCGGCACUGCUGCAACAACGCCAACAACAGCAACAGCAACAACAGCUGUGAGCAGUACAACGACGCCGACCGGUGGUGAUAGUACCACCGUUACCUCCACCACAGCCACUAGCAGCAGCAGCAGCAGCAACAACACCACCACCAGUAGCACCACCGUGACCACAAACACGAAUAGCAACAGCAGCACCAGCCGAAGUAGUAGCACCAAUUUCAUAGCCAAUCCCGCGUCAAAGGUGCCGCUGCACGAGCGCGCCAACACCUAUUACAAUCCUUCGCGCAGGAAACGCGUCGUGGACAACAAAUCGAGCACACUGAAUCUGACCAAGCACGCCGACAUGAUUGCCAAAUACAAGGGCUGUCCGUGGCGUGUGCGCGACUAUCAGUAUGGCAAGGGCAUCAUUGGACUGCACGAGGAGAUCGAUCAUUUCUAUCAGUAUGUCCUGCCCACCGCCUGUGAGCAUGCCAUACGCAACGAAGUGGUUAAGCGCAUCGAAUCCGUUGUCCAUUCCAUAUGGCCGCAGGCCGUGGUCGAAAUUUUUGGUUCCUUUCGCACCGGCCUCUUUCUGCCCACCUCCGACAUUGAUCUCGUGGUACUAGGCCUUUGGGAGAAGCUACCGCUGCGCACUCUCGAAUUCGAGCUGGUUGCGCGCGGCAUCGCCGAGGCGUGUACGGUCCGUGUGCUAGACAAGGCGUCCGUCCCGAUCAUAAAGCUGACGGACCGGGAGACACAGGUGAAGGUCGACAUAUCGUUCAAUAUGCAGUCGGGCGUGCAAUCAGCGGAGCUGAUCAAACAGUUUAAGCGCGACUAUCCGGUGUUGGGGAAGCUAGUCCUGGUGCUAAAGCAGUUCCUACUGCUGCGCGAUCUCAACGAGGUGUUCACCGGCGGCAUCUCAUCGUACUCACUGAUACUCAUGUGUAUUAGCUUCCUGCAACUGCAUCCGCGUGGCAUAUACCAUGACACGACGAAUCUGGGCGUGCUGCUGCUCGAGUUCUUUGAGCUGUACGGACAGAGCUUUAACUAUAUUAAUAUUGGUAUUUCGAUUAAGAACGGCGGCCGCUAUAUGCCCAAGGACGAACUGCAGCGGGACAUGGUCGAUGGACACAGGCCGUCACUGCUUUGCAUCGAGGAUCCUCUGACGCCCGGCAACGAUAUCGGACGCAGCAGCUACGGUGCCCUCCAUGUGCGUCAGGCCUUCCGAUGUGCUUUCAGUGUGAUCAACAAUGCUGUGAGCGAUUCCAAUCUCUGGGGUAACGAUGUGCGUGAGACGUCCAUCUUGGGUCGGAUAAUUCACAUUACCGAUGACGUCAUUGACUAUCGCGAGUGGAUACGCGAGAACUUUGAAUAUCUAACGGCCAUGGAUCCGAUGCCGUCGCUGCCCACCUACGCCAACGGCGCUGCCAAGUAUGUGAUCUUGCCAUCUGGCACCGUGGUGCAUCAGAUAUAUCAUCCGGUGCUGCAGCCGCACGCUUUGACGCAACCAUAUCAUACGGCAGCUGUGGCGGCAGUGGCCGCGGCUGCCCAACAGCAGCAGCAGCACCAGCUGAACAGCAUGUCGGCGCUGCGUCAUCGGCGAGGCAGCACCUCGUCGGCGGAGGACAGCGAGGAUAGCAAAGACUGUGAGGUUGGCGACCGGGAUAGAGAGUCGCUGACUGGCAUCGGGAUCGGGCAGCAGGCAAUGGAAAUAAUUGACAUCACCGCCUCGCCGCCGAACGGACUGGAUGUGACAGCGAUGCCAGUGACCGUGCCCAAGCCGAUUAUGGUGGCGAUCAGCAAUAGCUCGUUGUCGGGCUCGUCGCCAGACGUGGAGCAACUACGAGAUGCCCCGGGGGAAGUACUGGAGGAUCACGCAGUAAACCAAAGCCAUGUCUACACCAACACCAGCAGCACCACAACCAGCCACGUCCAAGCCAUCUGCAACAGCAAGCCCAUCAGCAGCAACAUCAUUAGCAGCAGUAGCACCAUCACCACCAGCAGCAGCAGCAGCAGCAGUGGUGGUGGUGGAUGCGGCGGUGGCAACAGCAACAGUGUAACGCGAACCUAUGGCCAACAGUCGGUGGGUCAGCGCAGUCACAACAGUUCGUAUUACCGCCAACCGCUCUAUGUGCCACCGCCGUUGCAGCAACAGCAGCAGCAGCAGCAACAACAACAACAACUGACCAAGACCAUUUCCAAUGUGCAGCCGAGCAGCUAUAGCAGCCAUCAUGUCCACCAGCAGCAACGGCCGCAGCAUCUGCGACUGUCCAGCAGCAAUAGUAGUAGUGGCAGCAGUACCUUUCAGCAGCAUCAUCAUCCACACCAUCAGCAACAGCAUCAGCAGCAGCAGCAGCUUCAUCUCCAUCAGCAGCAACUGCAGCAGCAGCAGCAACAGCAGCACCGUAGGCAUUUCCAAACCGGCGUAUCUAAAGCGGUAGGUACGCCCACAGUAUCAUCAUCCUCCUGCACAACAGCUGGCGCCGCAGCGAUCGUGCUUAGCUGUAAUAGCAGCAGCAGCAGCAGCAGCAGCAGCAACAGCAGCAGCCAUAGCGGCGGCCACAGCCGCUUGCAGCAAAUGCGCGAUACGCGCCUGGUUAACUCAUCCUCCUCAAUCAUUUCUAUAUCGUCUGAAUCCUCAGUUGGCAGUUCCAGUUCGUCGCCCCGCUCCCCACGCUGCGCUUCUGGUGGUGAGUCCGCUGAUUCGGCUUCCGGCCAGGUGGCUACAACAGACGAUCGUUAAGAAGGAUGCUCAAAUGCUAUUCUAAUAUUCCAAAGCUCUGGUCCAGGCAAG